AUGGCCAACAUAACUAACGAAACGGAAACUGAUUUCAUUGAAUCUUGUGAAACAGGUGAUAUAACAAAGGCCGAAGGCCUGCUCAGACAGGUUAAUCCAUCAUGUUUAAAGGAACGGAGGACAUCGGAGGGGCGAACAUGUUUACAUGUGGCAGUACUUACAGGAGACCCAGAUUUGUUAGGAGAGUUAGCAGCAAAGUUAGACUUGAAAGAAUUGAUCAAAAUAACGGACAACCAAGGCGACACAGCUUUGCAUGUAGCUGUAAGGAUAUAUAGCGUGGAUAUGGUGAAGCAGAUGUUAAAGUUAGCUGCAAAAGUACAGUUAGAGGCCGGUUUGUGUGGAUGUAAAAACAAUAAGCAAGAAACUCCACUAAAUAUGGCUAUAAGGUUGCAAUUCCUAGAAGCUGUAGAGUUGUUAAUAACUCGCACUAAAAAUGCACUGGAAGACGAAAACAAAUUUCUUUUGCAUAGGGUUGUGUCGCUUAACCAAGUCAAACUUCUUAAAAUUUUAAUUAAAUUUUCAGAAGGCAAAAAGUUAUUGUCGAAAGUUAUCAAUCUGCCUUACCGGCCUCCUGUAGAUAAUGACGGUAGUCGUGCUGUUAAUCCCCAGCAUAUCCAGCCCGUGCAUACUGCAGUGAGGAACAUCUAUGAGCACGAAAACCGUCCCACCCAGCCAAUUGUUCGAGGAGAUAUGCCCCUGCACAUUGCAGCAAGGAAUAAAUAUGAGCGCAUGGUGGAUUUGUUGCUAACAGUGCCUGACCGGAAGAAGCAUGCCCUUAACGAUGAGGGCAAAACACCAGUGGAGAUAGCGAGAGAAGUCAUGGAGUACUACGAAUGUUUCAGGAUUAUAAGAAAGCUGGGAGAUUUUAAGGGAAAGGUCAAACCAUUCAUGUACUGUGCUCCACAAGUAAGCUAUGAAAAGCACAAGAGAGCGGCGGAUAUGAUUGACCAAGCCUACAAAGAGAGACGCAAUGCAGAACUAGUGGUGGCAGCGUUGUUGGCUACCAUGACAUUUACCGCUGCCUUCAGUGCCCCAGGUGGUUUCCAAACAGACCCAAAGCUGAUGGAUGAGCAAGGGAUCCCUGUUCUCAUAUCCUUCACGUCAUUUAGGGUCUUCCUUCUUUUCAACUGCAUAGCCUUCUUCCUAUCUCUAUUCACUUGUAUCAUGUGGGAAAUGACUUCAGAGCUUACCGUAGGGGACAAGUUGUUCUUCAUGACCAUCAAUGGUGUAGCGGUUUGUUUGAGCUUUGGGUUCACUGCUUAUGGGUUUAUGGCUGCAGUAUUCACGGUGUUGGACAAUAACAUGAACACUUUCUCUUGGGUGGUUUUGGGAGGUCUAAUUUUGAUGUCUUUGUGUGGCGUCUUGGCAGUUCUCUAUCUAGCGGUAAGAUUUGCAGUCUCGCGAGCCAGAUUCCAACGCCUGUGUGGUACACAUCGUCGAAUAGAUGAUUUUGUAGUAUGGGUAUGGAAAAUAUUUGAACGCUGUGGGUUUCUAGACUUAACACGUUUUAUUGGUGAUAAGAUCCGUGCCAGUAUUAAUGGUGAUUACAACCCUUUCUGGAAAUGGACCAUAUCGUAG